AUGUAUUUGAUAUAAUUGUUAGCCUCUGAUCCAGACGGGCAUGUUGUUCGUUGCCGAUGGGCGAGCAUGGCCAAGGGUGAGUGUCCUGUGCCAGUAGACGGAAACAGUGUAUGUGAGAGUGCUACAGACAACGCUAUUCUAGAUAAGGACCGUUGCGAACUUGAGAUUCCAGUGCUGGGUGAGGCGGGAUGGUAUGGAGCGUCUAUCAUGGUUGAAGACUUCAUUGAUAAAGAUUCAACAGAACCGCUCAGUUCGGUUCCAUUUCAAUUUCUUCUGAACGUAACGAAACCGGGAAGCUGCAUAGGACCAUCGCUGAUUGGCCCAGAAUAUGAAGUGAUACAACCUGGACAGAAGUGGACCGGACAAAUAACAGCUAGGCUUCCUUCAGAUUCAGAGGGAUCUAGCAUCAUAGCUUUGCUGAUGAGUCCGCCGACAGGUAUGACGUUUGAAGUUCAAACUUCUUUACCAGCUCCUGAAGCGACCGCUGCGUUGAAGUACACGGUGCCAGAGGGAGCAUCUGGGUUUAUUGGAUUCUGCUACACUGCUCUGGAUAACAACUGGGUUCAAAACGCGGUGACUACAGAACCAGUAGAUAACGAGCCACCUGUCUUGAUUUCUGAAUUGUCAAUUCCUCCUCCCGCCGGUGCAAAAUUCAGUAAUAAGAAAGGAGACGAAGUUCCUGAAACGUGGAGUUUAACAUUCACAAAACCAUUCGACAGACCGAAAAAGCCUUCGUUUAUCCGCCUCAAAGAAAGUGGCCGCAAAAAAACAGAGGAAAUUGCAAAAUUUAAUGUUGCUAAUCCAAGAGAGGUUGUAUUUGUGGACGGUAAACAAAGUGCAACCGUUAAAUUCAAGCCACCAUUGAAAAAAUUAAAAGAUGGUGUCAGCUACAUAAUAGAAGUUGAUGCUGGAACAGCUAUUGUCUUCCAACCUGACCCAUGCGGAAAUGCGCCCGCAGAAAAUCCAAAUCCAGUGUCAAUGUAUGGUUUUGAAACAAAAUCUUGCAAAUCUACGCCUCCACCAAAAAUGUUGCCCACCGAAUCUACACCUUCAGAAGGCAAGCCUAUGACAAGAGGAAAAGCAUGGCAAAUCAAAUUCAAUACUAAGAUUAAACGUCCUUCGAAUCCUGCUUUUAUCAAAGACGGCAAUGUUGAAGUUGCCAGUUUCGAUACGUCCGACCCGACCCAAGUUGAGUUCCCGAGUGAUGACGCAACUGUACUGCGGUACACACCGACGUUUGAAAUGGAAGAUGACAAACAAUAUUCGCUUUCUAUCGGCAGUGGCAUUGCAGUGGCUGCAAAGGCAGGGAAAUGCAGAAACGACCGGAAAGUGAACGAGAAUGUUCUGUCUCACUACAACUUUUUAUCACCGCCCCCACUAAAACCAUAUUCAUCAUGCGGCGAAAACAGUAUGACGUUUUACGUACCUCAUAAAGCAGUUAAUAAAAUGGAUCCUACUCUACUCCAUUUACACGAUAAACGAUGCAAAGCUGAAAGGCUUGACAAAGAUUAUUUGGUUAUCACAACAUUCUACGACGAAUGUGCCACAAAGUUUAAGCGUUUGGGACCAAAUUCUAGGCGUUACAUAAACACACUUCGUAACUCACCGAAACCUGUAUUUGAAGGCCCGUCAGCAACAAGAGAAGUGCAAAAAGUGGACAUACGAUUUGUUUGUGACGUCACAGGUUCAGGAGUGAAUGAUCCCCGAUACAACUCUAACAAUGGUGUCAAAGGAAAGAAGUAUUCUGGCAGCUCUAAAAUGAAAACACAUCUUGCGCUGUAUACUGAUGAAAACUUUACAGAGAAAACUACAACGAGAUUCCCCAACGUCUCUUUCAGCAAUACGCUGUACUUUGCCGGCAUAGCUGAAGAUUCCAAUAAUCGACUGGAAAUCGAAAGCUGCAGAGCUACGGCUAAGGACAAGACUUGCACUACAGAUGAUGAACCUUAUGUCUUCAUUGAAAACGGGUAGCUGUCUAACUUACUGGAUUAUUAGUACAUGUCUCACGAGAAAUAUAAAUAAAUAAAAUAUUUAUAGGCCUAAGCACGUAAUGACAAAAGCAAGUAAACAGAUCUUUAUGAGCUAUCGUGCGCAUGUGAUGUGGUCUCUAUGAAAUCAUGCCGACCCAAUGACCAUUGACCUUUAAUUUUUUUUUUUUAUUAAUAAUAAUAAGGUGUAUUAUAUCUUUUUGUUCUAACGUUUUCGUUUUUCGUUUUUUCUUAUUUAUUUUUGUCAACUGUAUAAAUCAGAGCAGGAUCCAACACUUUUACCGUUUUUACAUA